AUGAACCACGCAGGCGGCUAUUCGAUUUCUGGACAAGCACACACGCACACACACACAGAUGGUACAAUGAGUGCGUUGCAGCAGAGAUGCCCACUCACCGCGGAGGAGCGGGCACAGUCGCUGGAGGUGCUUGCCGAUCUGCUCGCCUCUACCUUCGACGGGGAGGUGAAUACUGCCGAUGUGCAUCGCGCAUUGUCCAGAGGCGACACAGCUGACAGCGACGAUGAUGACUUAUGGCGGGUGCGCAUGAUGGAGUGCGCGCAUGAGCGCAACGCUCGAGUGGCCGGCGAGGCAGCGCAGCGAGGCACACGGAAAUGGAUAUGCCCCAUGUGCGAGACAGCAAAUUGGAUCGUGGACGCUCGCGAGACCCUUCGCAAGCGACAGGGAGAGUCGUCGUGUGGAUUUUCGCUGACCGUCACGGAUCCUUUGCGGUGUGAGUGCUGCAGCUAUGAUGGCGCGACGGCGCCGUCGUAG